GCGGUCCCAUUGGUAUUCAUGACCUAAACGUGGAGCUUUAGAAAAUCCUUCCUUGCAUGCGUUCGACCUUCCAGAGCUCGUCAAUCCGACAUUGAUUCUCUCUGACUUUGAUCCUCCAUGCAUGCGAAGCUUACUAUCUUAGCGGUGUGAAAUUUGUCCACAUUUCCGCUUGAAAAGCUCCCACGGCUGUUCGCUGGAGUUCGGCUGUAAGUAUUCUCUGUUCUUCAUUCAUUGCCGAUCAGUUGCUUCCUCAAUUGCGCGAUAAAUAGAAGGAGAAGCUUGUUUGAUUUGUUAGAGUAUUUCUGUUUUGUUUGAUUUGCGGUUGUUGUGUUUAUCAUGGCCGUGCCGGUAACUUUGUCGAGUCCGAAUCACUUUCUUGUUCGGCAUUCGAAUUCUCAGUUUCCUUCCUGUCAUCGGAUUUACAAUCGGAAUUUUCAGGCUCUUAAGAAUUCUUCACGGUCGUUGUCCUUUAGAACGGUGGCGGACAAUGUGUCUCGCAUUUACUGCAGUCACACUGAAAGCGUAGUUUCGAAUUCCAAAUCGAAUUCAUCCAUUAGACGUCCGCCGUAUAUUCCUAAUCGCAUCCCUGACUCUUCCUAUGUUCGGCUAUUUGAUACCACUCUCCGCGAUGGCGAGCAGUCUCCAGGUGCCUCCCUCACUGCUAAAGAGAAGCUUGAUAUUGCUCGUCAGCUCGUCAAGCUUGGUGUUGACAUAAUUGAGGCUGGAUUUCCUGCUGCUUCGAAGGAAGACUUUGAGGCCGUCAAGAUGAUUGCCGCAGAGGUUGGCAAUGCUGUCGAUUCGGACGGGUAUGUGCCUGUUAUUUGUGGUCUUUCGAGGUGUAAUGAGAAUGAUAUUCGAACUGCAUGGGAGGCUGUGAAGUACGCUAAGAGACCGCGGAUACAUACGUUUAUAGCAACAAGCGAAAUUCAUAUGGAGCAUAAGCUGAGAAAGACGAGGGAGCAAGUGAUUGAUAUUGCUCGAAAUAUGGUGCGGUUUGCACGAAGUUUGGGUUGUGAUGAUGUUGAGUUUAGCCCCGAGGAUGCUGGGAGAUCUGACAGAGAGUUCCUUUAUCAAAUUCUGGGCGAAGUGAUAAAGGCUGGUGCAACUACUCUCAACAUACCAGAUACUGUGGGUUACACAAUGCCAGUUGAAUUUGGCAACUUGAUUGCCGAUAUAAAAGCUAAUACUCCUGGCAUUGACAAUGUUAUCAUCUCAACUCACUGCCAGAAUGAUCUUGGACUCGCAACUGCCAACACAGUAGCAGGGGCAUGUGCAGGUGCAAGGCAACUUGAGGUCACAAUUAAUGGCAUUGGUGAGAGAGCUGGAAAUGCUUCGCUAGAGGAGGUGGUAAUGGCCUUACAAUGUCGUGGAGAGCAUGUGCUUGGAGGUCUUCGUACUGGAAUUAACUCAAGACAUAUCUUUUUGACUAGCAAGAUGGUAGAAGAGUACACUGGUUUGAAUGUACAACCACACAAGGCAAUUGUGGGAGCUAAUGCUUUUGCUCAUGAAAGUGGCAUCCACCAGGAUGGGAUGCUUAAGCACAAAGGUACUUACGAAAUCAUAUCCCCUGAAGACAUUGGCUACGAACGAUCCAAUGAUGCUGGUAUUGUUCUAGGAAAACUCAGUGGACGCCAUGCCCUUAAAAGUCGACUUCUAGAGCUUGGUUAUGAGCUUGACAAUGAGAAUCUUGACAACGUAUUCUGGCGUUUCAAAGCAGUAGCUGAACAAAAGAAGAGAGUUACAGAUAUGGAUCUUCGAGCAUUGGUAUCUGAUGAGGUUUUACAACCAACUGUUCUAUGGAAGCUGCUAGAUUUGCAGAUCACUUGUGGAACUCUCGGUCUUUCCACUGCUACUGUUAAACUCCUUGAUGCCAAUGGGAAAGAGCACGUUGCUUGUGCGGUUGGAACGGGCCCUGUAGAUUCAGCUUACAAGGCUGUUGAUCUAAUUAUUAAGGAACCAGUAACACUGCUCGAUUAUUCAAUGAAUUCUGUCACCGAAGGGAUCGAUGCAAUUGCCACUACUCGUGUUGUAAUAAGAGGGGACAACAGUUACUUAUCUACUAAUGCAUCGACUGGAGAAGAAGUUCAACGAACGUUUAGUGGUAUCGGAGCGGGGAUGGACAUCGUCGUGGCAAGUCUCAAGGCCUACAUUGGUGCAUUAAACAAGAUGCUUGGUUUCUUCGGAGUUGAUGUUAAGGUGACUGAAAAAAUAACACAGUCUGCAUAAAAAUUGUUUAUUUGAGAAGAGGGAGGACGAUGGUGCCAAUCUUACAUUCUGAACAUGCUUGAAAGCUUUUAGAAUUUUGGGUUAAUUUUGCUUUAAUUAUCAGUAUUUAGUUGGAUUGUGU